AUGAUCGGGAAUGGGAAGAAUACGUUGUUUUGGGAGGAUCGGUGGGUGGGUCACAAACCUCUUAAGUUCGUCUUUCCUAGACUUUUCCAACUUUGUGUAGAAAAGAAAGCUGUGAUUAGUGACUUGGGAAGGUGGGCGAACUCGGAAUGGAUCUGGGACCUUAAAUGGAGAAGGGAAUUAUUCGAUAGGGAAAAACCCAUGAUUAACGAAUUAUUGUCUUUCAUUUCUGGUCUUGAUCCUGUAGCAAGCAAAGACGAUGGAUGGUGUUGGCGCGCCUCCAAGGUGGGUGUCUUUACCACAAGUUCAGCUUACAAGGCGAUCAAAGACAUGAGGAAAAAUGAAGUGGGAAGCACCUCCUUCAAUAAAAGAUCAGAGAAAGCUUGGAAGAUCCGUGCUCCCCAAAAAGCAAAGGUUACGGUAUGGAGAAUUUUAAGGAACAGGCUGCCUACCUGCGACAACUUGAGCAAGAGAAACAUUCCACUUGGCGAUGUGGAAAUCAUGUGCAAUGCUUACUGCCAGGAAAAAGAGUCGGCUGAUCAUUUGUUUCUCUCAUGCCCGAAGACAGAAAUGAUUUGGAACGAGAUACAGAAAUGGACCGGGUUCUACACCGCACGGCCGGACAGCAUUGAGGCGCACUUUGACUCCUUUAUUCACAUGGGCAGAGGUAAGAAAAGCAAGAAACUCCUUGAGGCUCUUUGGACUUGCACCACUUGGCUUAUUUGGAAAGGUCGUAACGAGAGUAGAUUCGAAAACAAGAACUGGCAAGUCGAGAAAUUGAUGGGCGAAAUCAAAGCAAGGUUGUGGAGCUGGAAUAAGGUCUUUAAUUUGGUAGAUGUGGAGAUCAAUUUUAGGAGCUGGUUUUCUUACGCUAUUUCUCAUUAUUUGCUGUAA